AUGGUGGGUGGCUCCGAGAAGCACCUGGAAGCAGCCCGACCUUUCCUGGGAACCUUUGCUACGAAGAUCCUGCACAUGGGUGAAGUCGGCAACGGUCAACUCGCGAAGGCUUUGAACAAUUGCCUCUACAACGUCAGCUGCGCGGCCAUGGCCGAAAUGCUCCCUUUCGCCCUGCGCGCGGGGCUGCCGAUGCCGGCCUUCGUGGACGCCGUCACAUCGGGAACCGGGCAGUCCUUUGGUUUCAAUCAAUGGGCCCCUUUGGUCUUGCAGCGUGAGUUCGAGGCGCCGAAGCACGGCUUUCCCAUGGGGGCGGCUUUCAAAGACCUGGAGACGCUGGUAGCGGCGGCCUCUGCGCAAGGCCUCCCGGUACCCCCCGUCGUUGCGGCUACGUUGGCCACGUACCAGCGAGCGCUGGCUAUGGGUCUCGGUGAGGAGCACAAGGGCAAUGUGUCCGGCACCACGCUGCUCGUGGCCGCCCAGCUCAGGUUGCCUCUCUGUGCGUUGCUCAGAUGUGUCUUGCUCAACCGCGGUCAAACUUGGAUGCAAUGGCAGCUGCUCUUCGUCAUUACGCUGCUGUGCGUGGGCCAUGUCAUCCAUGACUUAGGGGAUACAAUGACUGCGGGAGUCGACCGAACGUGGAUCGCGGCCUCUCCAGAUGGGAUCCUGAUUGCUUUGCCCCUAGUCCUGGGCAAGUGCCUGGUCAGCUGCUGUGGUGCAGUGCAUGCCGAGUACUUCUUGCAGCACAAGGAGACGAAGCAGGUACCCCUCUGGAUCACUCAAGUACAUUUCAAGACAGCAACGAUCAUCGGAGCCCUCACGGUGGCGCUCUUCAUGGGAAACGUGUGCGAGCGCAUCCUUUCAGACCGCUGGCACAACGAUAUCUUCUCACACCUGCCCAAUGAUGUGAGUGCCGGAGAUCCUCGCAUUCCCUUCUUUGGAGGCUGGGACAGUAACACCUGGAUUCUCGCGGGGUGCCUCAUCCUCAACAACUUCCUCGUGGCUGAUCAGAUGAGGAAUCUCACUUCCAUCGCGAAGUACGUGGCCUAUGCCAUCGGCCUGGUCUUGAGCUAUUUGGUGCAGCUUUGGGAAGGCCGUGCCUUUUGCGCGUGGCAG